UGUAAAAAAUGUCAGACGGAACGUUUUUAAUUUCGGUGUCAGGUCAAAUUGAGUAUAUUGAAACUUUAGCACCGGCUGGAUCAUCUUGGCAUUGUAGAUACGAGUUCGUAACUGGUCCAGAUUGGAAGAUAAUUGGUGGAAACGAAGCUGGCGUGACGCAAAUAGCAAACAUCGUCAAUAACGGCGACAAAAUCGUACUCAAUUUUCCAAUUGAUAUACAAUUCAAGUCUACUAAUCCACAUGGAUGGCCUCAAUUAGUUUUGAGCGUUUACAGAGGAAUACAACUGGAGGGUUACGGAAGAGCUCACAUACCGCUGAAACCGGGUCAUUAUAACAUGGAGAUCUGUUUGUCGAAACCACAGGCUUCAUCUUUGUUGGGCUACAUUGGAUCGUUUUUCGGUUACCAGCCCGAAUUGUUGCAACCUAAAAUGUUGGCCACAACUGCUGGAAACAAUCUAAUAAGGAUGGAGUCGAACGGCUCUGUAUUGUUAUCGAUUAAUUUGAUCAGCCAAGGAUUACAAACUUUAGGCUACGAUGUUGGUAAAAAAGCCUGAUUGUGGAAAAUAGAUAAUAAAUUUAGAAAUUUAAA